CAGCGCAUGUCGUUUGCAGAAAGAGACGAGAGCCGCCCGCAAUCAUGUCUUGUUGUGCUGUUGGUUGCAAAAACCGUUUUAAUAAGAAUAACAAAACGCGGAAGUUCUACAGGAUACCAUCAACUCGCACCCCAUUUAAGGCAAACAAAAGACGUCUUUGGUUAGAAGCUAUCAGAAGAAGCGAUUGGAACGAGCAGAUUAUUAAAAAUGCAACAAUCUGCAGCGAUCACUUCAUAUCAGGAGAAGCAUCUGACAACUUCAAGAGUCCUGACUUUGUCCCGUCAAUCUUCCCCUCAACCCAGUCUGGCCAAGACGGGCGAUAUAAGAGAAAAAGACAAAGGGAUAAAAACCCCUGCAGAAGUCCAGACAAUGGACAUCAGCCCACACCCACUUCCUUCUCUCCAAAUGAUUGUGAAAUGGAGCCUGGUGCUGAUCAUGGUACUGGUAAGCCAUCAUAUGAAAUGUUUGAGAACAACCCUGAUUCGGCGCCAUCUUUGCAGUUGCGCCACAGUGAUGUCAAGGUUUCAGAAGACCCUGGUAGCCAGAGGCCAGAGGCCGUGACCACAGGAGGAGCAGGCAAGGCCCAAACCUCAAGCGUCCUGGCAGCAGCCAGCCGCGGCGAGGCUACGAGUGGCGGGAUGGACGACGUCCUCGAGGGCGUACCAGCAUUCCCAGCGGUGGAGGAGGACGACGACGACGACGUUGAGGAAGACGAGGAUGAAGAGGACGAGGACUGGCAAUUCACCCUGCCACAGGGAACCCUGGAAGACUACGACGUUGACAGCCCGUUGUCAGUGGAGGAAGGCCGGAGGACCAGGGCUAACCGGCAGUGUGGAGAUGGUCCACAAGUGGAGAAGGCCGGCGGACCUGCUUAUAACUCCAGCUCAGCCUCAUCAGAUGGAGCAGCGCUGGAGCCGUCCAAGCAGCCAGACGCCAGUCAGGGGGGAAAGGUUCCUAUAGAGCCAUCCGCGGCAGCGCCUCAGGUCCUUAGACCACCGCAUAAUGCCCCUGAACCAUCGCAUCAGGCCCCUGAACCUCAGGCACCUGAACCAUCGCCUCAGGCCCCUGAACCACAGUCUCAGGCCUCCAAACCACCGCCCCAGGCCCCUGAACAACCGCCUCAGGCCCCUGAACCCCCCCUGCUCACCAUCAAGGACGAGCCCUUGGACGAGGGCUACGACGUGGCCCUGCUGCCCCAGACCUCCAUCAGCAAGGUCAAAGAGGAGCAUAAGGAUGAAGAGCUCAGGAUCAGUUCAGUCUUCUCUUUCCGGGGAGGAAAUGCAUUCGCACCUCAAGGCGCUCCGGCCCCCUUCCCCCAGCCCACCACCACCAUCUUUAUCCCAGGGAGAGGCACUCUGCUUCAGGCCUCCACGCUGGCCACCCUUGGGAUCAAACCCAGACUGCCGGCUCCGGCCAUAGCCCCCGCCCCUACUCUGCUGGCCUUACCCCAAACCCUGUCCCAGCCCCAGCCCCUACCACCGCCUGCCGUGAUAAGCACCAUCAGAUGCAGUGGUUGCUCCAAGGUGCUGGUGAAGGGCCAGACGGCGUUCCAGAGGAAAGGCGCCACCCAGCUGUUCUGCUCCACCGUCUGUCUGUCCAGCCAUCUGCCUCCGACCAGCAAGGCUCGCAGUUGCUACCAUUGCAACAAAGAAAUCGAGGACCCGAAGAGCAUGGUGAUGGUGCCGCUGGACAACAACACCUUCAUCCACUUCUGCAGUCACCACUGCCUGUCCGCCUCCAACGCGGAGAAGAAGAAAACGGUGGCCCAGCUGCUGUAUAACCCUCGCCUGGUUACCUACCAAGCCAAGGAACAGGAGAAGCCCCACUGCAUUGUAUGCAAGAGCACCAGUAAGAUUGAACACGAGGUGAUGCACCAGGCCCGAAUCCACAGCCUGUGCAGCGACGCCUGCUUCCUGGAGUGGCGCAACUCCCGGCAGCUGGCCAUGAACUGCUGCGAGGGCUGUGGCCUCUACUGCAAGAGCGACUCGGACGUGUGCCAGACCCUGACCGUGGAGAAGGCUCAGCUCAACUUCUGCAGCCCCACCUGCGUCAGCACGUACAAGCAGUCCUGCAUUAAGAACACCGAGUGCGCCGUCUGUCACGACUCCGUUCGAGUCUCCAACACCAUCAUGGACAGAGACCAGAUUGGGAAGGUGCAGCUUUACUGUUCUACCACCUGUUUUGCUCAAAGCAGGCCCAGCAAACACACGCUCACAGGUACAGCGUUCCCGUGCUCCCAGUGCAAUCUCAGCCAGGUCCCCCAGUACCAUCUGGCCAUGUCGGAUGGCCACAUCCGAAACUUCUGCUCCCACGAAUGUGUCGCCGCGUUUAGGUUACAGAAAGAGGAGCACGGCUCUCAGCGCAGCCUGGUGAACGGAGCCCCCAGCAGGCCCUCCUACUCCUCUGCCCCGCCGCCCCUCUCCGACGGGCCGCUGCCCGGGCCCCUGGGCGGGGCCGCGUCCCCGGCGCCGCGCCCCGACAGGUCCUCGCCCCACGGGACCCACCCCGGCGCCCACAGCAGGGUCACCUCGGUGCCCCCGCUGGAGCCCGCCUACAGCGACCUGGCCUCCCACCAGGCCCAGCCGGCCCCGCCCUCCUCGCCCGGCCACGCCCUGACUCAAGCCCCGCCCACACACAGCCACCUGACCUGCAGCCAGUGCAACCAACGGUUUGACACCAAGCCGCUGCUCUUCAGCUACCAGGGUCGCAUCUCCAUGUUCUGCGGCGCGGCGUGCUGUGAGCAGUACAAGACCCAGAGGAACAUCAUGGCGCCGUGCGAGAGCUGCAAGCUGGACAACGUGGUGUUUGAGGUGGUGACCUUCGACCAGCAGGACCGCGUGUUCUGCAGCCAGAUCUGCAAGCAGCAGUUCCGAGAGGAGGUGACGGCCGGGGGCAAGGGCCCCUGGAGGCCCUGCUCCUACUGCCGCUGCGAGAGCCAGAAGACGUUUCACAGCCACUACGGCGGGCGGGUGGAGGAGUUCUGCCGGCCGCACUGCAUGUCUCAGUACACGGUGCUCUUCUACGGGAUGGCCCGGUGUGACGGCUGCAGGCAGCGGGCCUGCCUGGAGGAGAGGCUGCAGUGCACCAGCUCCGUGCGCAACUUCUGCAGCCGGGCCUGCCUGAUGCAGUACUGCUACCGGCACUUUGAGGCCGGCGCCUCGCGCCGCGCCGACCCCCCCCCCCCCAGCCGCCGGCCGCGCGCUGCCGCCGCCCCACGUCAGGCCAACCAUCCCUCCAAGAUGAACCCGGUGGGGGGGGAGCUGGUGUGCCUGGCCAGUGACUCUGCCACGCGGCCUCAUGCUACGGGCACUCUUCCAACUCCUUACACCCAUGACAAGACGAUAUACCACGCUAGCACCCAGACGGACGCGAUGCGCUCCUCUGGGCCCCGGCGCUGCCAGGUGAAGAACAAGUCCGUUUUGUGUCGGCCCUACACACUGAACCAGGAGACCAUGUGCCAGCUGCCAGAACCGCCCGCCAAGACCUCAGACUCCUCCACCGCAGCUCCACAACCUCGUCCCGUCAGCCACCUGCCGGCGCGCCUCACCGACCGCCACUUCCUGGCCAAGAGGCUGUGGGGCAGCGUGGGCUGCGUGGUCUGCGGCCGCCGCCCGCGCAAACGGGCAACGGAGGAGGAGGAGGAGGAGGAGGAGCAGGAGGAGGAGGGGCCCUGGGGGAGGAAGAGGGCGAGGACGGAGGAGUCGGGCACAGUGCGAGUGGCGGAAACGGAGAAGGGGGACGAGAAGGAGGCGGAGACGCUUGAGCGUGAGAGGCACCUCGGGGAGAAGGAGGAGGCGGUGCAGGCAGAGACGGGGGUUAUGGAGGAGAGAGGGGAGACCAAGGAGGCGGGCUUGGAGACGGGGGUGGGCGUGGCCGGGCAGGGGGCGACAGACUUCUACUGCCGGCUGUGUCCGGGGCAGCCGGGCCUGUGUCCCGCCCCCUGCUUCGAGAUCUACCACACCAGGCUCAUGUACUGGGUCAGCCCGGGGGGGGGUGGGGAGCGGAGCUCUCCGGGGGACAAACUAAACACUCCUCACGCCACUCUCCCUUUGCCGCCUCCGUCGGCCGCCAGUGUCCUGACACAGACCCCCACAGUCCAGGCCGAAUCUGGACUACAGUAGGGGACUACAGGGCCGGGGGUGACCUCUAGAGCGUCCCCCUGCUCAUCGAUAUAUAGAUAUAAAACUGUGAAACUUACCCAACACUUUUUAUGCAAAAUUGCAGUGAAACGUGUACGCUCUGUACUGCAGAUCUUUGUGUUCAUUUUCGUCGUACAGCUGAGUUCCGUUCCACUUUCACAAUUUUUGAUUGAUUGGAUUUACAUCCGUUUUUUACUGAAAUAUGAUUUACAUCAGAUUUACAUCAAUUCUGAGCCAGGAUCGACAUGGAGCCUUUUCACUAAUGGUGACACAUGAGAAUAAUGCAACUUUAUUUAAGGGAGAUGGUAUUUUGUCCUCGGUUUAUAACACAUUUCUUGUAUCUUUAGGUUGUUGUCAUUCUUGUGGGUUCUUGUUAUUCAUUUGCCAAAGACUUUCCUUGGUCUGGUAAGAUUAGGUUUCUUUUCAAUUGUAUACUUUUUUUUAUUAUUAUUUCCAUGUAUGAUGAAAUGCUGAGGCAUCUCUUUAGGGCUAAGGGGCCUGGGGUGGGUGCGGCACCAGUGAUGGGCAGACUGACCCUAAAACAAGCCAGGUGGACAGCAGUACGACUGAUUCCCCUUGGCACAGUGUCGCGUCCGGGAAAGACGGUGAUUGGCGCCCCAGUCUAAACAAAAAAGGAUUUGUGCAUCUAGCAGAGUUCCACCAACCCCCCCAUGCCAACCUGUUCUGUGGACAUGUCUGUUGAGAGAUCACGAAGGGCAAUGACUUGGGCCUUGGUAUUGGUUUGGUCCUUUUGCCAAGCGUAUUGCCUCUUGUCUAUGUCCGCUUAUUUUCACCGUAGAUAAGGGGGAAUUCAAGAAAGGCACAAUCCUUGAUAUAUUUUUGAUAGUUGAAUCGGCUGAAUCCAUAUCAGGCGUCAUACUGUUACUUCCUUCAUGGACAUGAAUGAGUGAGAGAUCAGCAGGAUUUCCCUGGUGUUUGCUAUACUCACACUAUUACCUCACUUAAUCCCAUCAUGUUCUCCAACAUGAUAAAACUUGUCCGUUCAAAUAAAUGAGGGCUUUACAUUAUUGUCGCUAUUUUAAUGGUGAAAUAUUGUUAAUCUGAUGUUGGUGUCAAGUUUGAACAUGUUAUUUGGCAUAUGGUUUCAUGAUUUGGCCAAUGGUUUCAUGCAGUUCAUAGUUAUUAAAAAGAUAUAUAUAUA